AUGCAUAGAAAGAGAUUGAGCGGAGCACAAUAUAAAAAAGCAGCAAGAGAAAAGGAAGAAAGAGAAAAAAAAGCUAUAAAUCAAACCAUAAAACUGGAUAAAUUUUUAUUUGUUAAAAAUAUUGACGAUGCAAAUCAAACAAAUGUGAAUUCGAGACAUUCGAGUAGUACUGUAUUAGAUCAAAGCAAUGACGUAAUACCUACUGAUGGUGUGGAAAUAAAUAAUGUUAUAAGUUCUUCUGAAUCUGAAUUUCCUAAUUUAACGGCAGAGGAAAUUAAUAAAUUAAUACCUACUGAUAAUGUGGAAAUAAGUGUGAUAACAAGUAAUUCUGAACCCGAAACUCCCAAUUUGACGACAAAAGAAAUUAUUCACGGAACAAUUAGCACUCCUGAAUCAUGUUAUAUUCUUGAAUCAUCUUUUUCUUUUAAUAAAAUAUUUUGGACUGUCAACGAACAUGCGCGUGAUUAUUUUUCUAUAAAUGGUUUUGAUGUUAAUAUAUACAAAAAUUGUGAUUUUAUAAACUCUAAAUUAGAAUCUAGAUGUAUGACCAAAAAUAUGUUUGAACGUUUAUUACCAAAUGGUGAAAAAAUCGAGAGAUUUUGGUUAGUCUACUCUGAAAGCACAGGUAAAGCAUUUUGUGGACCAUGUUUUUUCUUUUCAAGUCGUAACGAUGAAUCCUAUUUAUCAACGCAAGGUUUUAAUGAUUGGAAAAACGCACAAUCUCGUUUUAAGCAACACGAAUGUUCUACAAAUCAUAUACAAUCCCUUAUAACAAUGAAAACUAGGGCAAAUCUUAGUGAUCGUAUUGAUAAAAAGCUUUUUUCACAACUUGAAGAUGAGAUAUCUUACUGGAAAAAUAUUUUACGAAGAGUUGUAGCCGUUAUAAAAUCAUUAUCGUCGCGUGGACUUCCAUUUAGAGGUCAAAAUGAAGUUAUUGGUUCAGUCCACAAUGGAAAUUUUUUAAUGGCAAUUGAGCUUGUGGCACAAUUUGAUCCAUUUUUAGCUCAACAUAUUUCACGAUAUGGAAAUCCGGGCAGUGGUCAUACAUCGUAUUUAUCAUCGACAAUUUAUGAAGAUAUUAUGCAACUUAUGGCAAAUAAAAUAAUCCAUACAAUUGUUGAUCAGAUUAAAAAAUGUAAAUAUUUUUCAUUAAUUAUUGAUUCCACACCUGAUAUAACACAUAUAGAUCAACUGUCUUUUAUUGUACGAUAUGUGUAUGAAGGUAUUCCUGUUGAGCGUUUCAUUCAAUUUAUACCUAGUUGUGGACAUAAAGCUAACGAUAUGAAAAAAGCCGUUUUAGAUACGUUGGAAAGCCUUGAUAUUAGUAUAAAUGAUUUCAGAGGCCAGGCUUACGAUACUGCUAAUAAUAUGUCUGGACGUUAUAACGGAUUACAGGCAAAAAUAAAAGAAUUAAAUAACCUUGCUGUAUAUAUACCAUGUGCGGCGCAUUCAUUAAAUUUAGUUGGUACUCAUGCUGUGCAAUGUUCUAAUGAAGCUGCUCAACUUUUUCUCCACGUUCAACAUCUUUAUACAUUUUUUUCCGGAUCUACUCACAGAUGGAAAAUUUUAAUGUUUAAUUUAAAGUCUGAAUCAAAAACACUAAAACGUCUUUCAGGAACUCGAUGGUCAUCAAGAGAUGAUGCUUGUGUGAGUUUAAAUGAUUCAUGGGAUGAGAUAUUAAAAACUUUAAGUUUACUUGAAAAUGACAAUAGUGAACCAGCUGAAACUCGAAAUGAAGCCUCUGGAUUGCGCAAGAAGUUUGAAAAACUCGAGACAACGUUUAUGGCUAUAUUUUGGGGAUUUAUAUUAAACAGACUAAAUGCUGUAAGUAAAAAACUUCAAAGUGUUGAAAUAGAUAUUACAGUAGUUUUGGAGUUGUACGAUUCACUAAUAAAUUUAAUAUUAUCUCAGAGAGAUAAUUUUGAUGAAUUUGAGAAAAAGGCAAUUUUAAGAGCUCAAAUCAAAGAAUAUAAAACAACAAUUUCAAUAAAAAAGAAAAGAACAAUUCCAUAUGAUGAAUCAAGACAAGACGAUGUUCAGUUAACAGGAAGAAAUCAUUUUAGAAUCAAUACAUAUUUAACAAUAAUAGAUAAAUUAAAUAAUGAGCUUCAAAAAAGACGUGAAGCCUAUAAAUAUUUUUGUGAACCUUUUUCUUUUAUAAACACACUUAAAAACAUGAAACAAAAUGAAAUAUCAGAAAAAGCUAAAAAACUUUGUAAAAUUUAUAAAACUGAUAUAGAUUAUGAAGAGUUUGAGCACGAACUAUUACAUUUUCGAUCUCUUUUAAUUUCCAAGUAUAAUGAAGAAAAAUUCACUGCAUUAAAACUAUUGGAAAUAAUUUAUAAAAAUGACUUAAAGUCGGUGUUUCCAAACAUAGAAAUAAUUUUGAGAAUUUAUAUUUCAACACCUGCCACUAAUUGUACUGCGGAAAGAUCAUUUUCUUCUUUGAAGCGGAUAAAAACUUAUUUACGUUCAAAAUUAGGAAAAGAAAAAUUAAACUCCUUGGCGAUUUUGUCGAUUGAAAGUGAAAUGACACAAGAAAUACAAUUUGAAGACAAUUCAAAAUUUUGCGGAAAAAAAAGCAAGACGCAAACAAAUGAAAUAGUUUAUUUUUUUACAUUAUUUUUUUACAUUAUUUUUAUAUGUUGUAUAAUAAUACGUAAGUACGAAUUUUUAAGUUUGAUUAGUUGCUUUUGUUUUUUUAUAAUACUAUAG